AUGGCUAAUCAUGAAGAACCAAAAUUCCCAGUAUCUCAUGAAGAUUACAAUCUUCAGCAGAAGAAGAAAACAGGGAAAAGAAAGAUAGAAAUCAUACCCAUACCAAGCAAAAUAAGUAAACAAGUGACGUUUUCGAGGCGUCGAAGUGGGUUAUUGAAGAAUGAUGCUAGUGAAUCAUCUUCUUUAUGUGGUGCUGUUGCUGCUAUCACUUUCUCUAGUGCUGUACUUAAAGAUAUCAGUGAUGACAAGCGUGAAAGUCAAACGGUUGCAGUUAAAAAUAACCAUAAGAAGGGAAAAGUAGAGUGGCCUGAGUUGCUAGGCAAACCAGGGAGCCUAGCCAAGAGCAUCAGUGAACAUGAGAAUCCUCAACUGACGGCUAUGAUUAUGAAUAAAGAUUCUAUUAAUUUCAAUCUUGAUUUUCGCCGUAAUACUUCCUCCGUUUUGUUUUAA